AUGGAUGCUACCUCCAUCAAGCCCAAUAGUGGCGCCACGGUAUCUGACGUGAUCGCCGUUGGCAAAGAAAAUGAAUUGCAGAAGGACUGGCUUGAGAAGCAGAAAAUCAACCUCAACGACCGGGUUCAUCUCAUGAAAUUGUCCCACAUGCGAUACCAGCAUCCUGACCUUGAAGAGAUCCAUCGUUUCAUGAUCGACUUUGGAAUGCAACUUGCGAAGAAGACCGACGAUGAGGUUUGGUACCACGGAUAUGGAUCUGAUCAUUAUGUCUACUAUGCGCGGAAAGGGCCGAAGCAGUUCCUAGGCGGCACCUUUGAGGCGCUAAGCCAACAAGACUUCAACAAAGCAGCGAGCCUUCCCACAGCCGGUGCAGUCCAGGAUCUUAACGACGCACCCGGUGGGGGAUCCUUAGUGACUAUCACUGAUCCCGAAGGAUUUCCCCUUAAUGUCAUUUUCGGACAAACUCCCAAAGAUGUCAAGGUAAAUCAUCCCGAGCAGGUCGUGUUGAAUUACACGGGCGAGAAAGCCCGUCGUCGCGAGUUCAAUCGGUUUGAGCCAGGCCCAGCAGCUGUCCACAAACUCGGUCAUUUCGGAUUAUGCACACAGCAGUUUGAAAAGCAGGUCGAGUUCUACACUUCCAAAUUCAACCUAGUCCCUACCGACUUGCUUUUCAUCGAAAAGGACGGCCACAAGAUGAUCGUGAGCAUGUUUGCUCACAUAGAUCUGGGCGAUACUCUAACAGACCACCACUCGUUCUUCCUAAGUGCAAAUCCCGGUGGUGCACAUGUGCAUCACUGUUCAUUCGAGGUCAAUGAUUUCGAUACCCAGCAUCUAGGCCACCAGUGGCUUGCCCAAAAGGGGUAUCGUUCUGUCUGGGGAAUUGGCCGGCAUGUACUUGGAUCCCAGAUUUUCGAUUAUUGGUGGGAUACUACUGGUAAUAUGGUUGAACAUUAUGCCGAUGGUGAUCUGGUGAACAAGGACACCCCGAUUGGGCAUGUGCAGGCUGGGAGUGAGUCUCUCGCUGUAUGGGGGCCCGAGGUGCCUGCGAGCUUCUUGCAGUAG